UCUAAUAUAUCUUUGCAUGCAAAUGUAGGACAAAAAUCUGAUAAGUUUAAUGAUAAGAUUUUUGAUAAGAAUAAUAAGAUUGUUAGUAUAGCAAUUUGCAUAUUAAACCAGAGUGUUUUAAUAUUUUCGGCUGUAAUUUACACAUCUUACACUUUAUGUAACUCUUGUUCAGGUAUUACCGGAAUUGCCUGUGUUGCAAGUGAUCAGUACAGUGUUUGUGUUGAUGGUUUACCUACAACAACGAUAAGCUUUUGCCCAAACGGAACAGUUUGUACAGCUUCCACACCAAUUUGUGGUCCAGCUGAAACUUCUGUAGCCUCAUGUGGAAUGUGUGGCGUUUGUAAUGCUAAUGGUGCAAUUGCUUGUACAAGCUACAACACAUUCGCACUAUGUUAUGGAACUACUGUGCCUGAUUCUGUGAACUUUACAUGCACCGGUACAACAGCUUGUGUUUACGAUGAUCCAGAGAUUUGUGUUGAUCCUGCAAUAUCAGGAAUUGGUGGAACAUGCCCGAUAACAACACCAACACCUACACCAACAACAUCAACUAAUACAACAACAAUUCCAAGUUCGACAAUUAAUCCAUUGAUUUUUUGUUCAAAUGUCACCAGUUCUGGGCGAUUUGAAGAUACUACCGAUCCUACGUGCAAACAAUAUGUUCUAUGUACUUUGUACAAUAGCACCUGGAUCGGAAAUAUUUACGAAUGUCCUGGUUCAACACUUUUCAACUCUACUUCUCGAUUGUGUGGUGUUGAAGUGCCACUCAGAUGUGCGAGUGUUGUUCCAUAAACAUGAACUUCACUUUUAUAUAUAUUCAAAAUGUUUGCUUUGUCAUAUAACAUUAUAGUUUAGUAAUAUGUAAUACAUAAUAUACAU